UCUACUUUGUAUUGUUCUCCAAGGAAACCCUCAUAAAAAUGCAGAGUAUUGUUCUCCCACAUAAUCAUCAUCGAGUGCCGUACUGCCUCCAUGGAUCUAGAGGAAAAUCUUGAAUCACUCUCACUCCAGAACAGCGACGAAAGCCAAAGUAGAAAUCUAUGGAGAAUGAAGGUAGCUUCGAAUGUGUUCUUCAUUUAUCACGACGAAGAUGGGUUCGGAAACGCCAUAGCGCAAGGUCUCAGCCCUAACCCCCACCCUUAUAGUAAAGUCUUAGAGUUACUUCCCCUGGGAUUAAGGGAAUGCGACCCCCGAUAUCUAGAUUUGACUGGCUCUGUCACUCAAUUGAGAGAUAAAGACUAUGUGAAGGCAACAAUGGUGAUGCUACAUCAUUUGGAUCCACCAGUGCUUUCACAUGCUAUAAAUUCAGUUCUGGCUAAAAUUGCAGAUGCGGAGAGCAUAUCAUCUACUGUACCUACUAUCAUAGCCCCUUUUCUUGUGCCAGCAUCAAAGCUUAAGUUGGAAGGUGGAUUGUUGACAACAAAUAGCACGAAGCUUCCUCUUUAUGGUAUUCAAGUAGGCCCAGAGACUGAUGUAAGUCGAGCCAUUGCUGCGAAAACCCAGAAGCCACCUCCAUCUUUGCAAAUUCAUUUUGAGCCUUUAGCCUGCUUUCUUCAGCUGGUCCGCACUUCAAACUUGCCGACUUUUAUUAUAGUUGGGCAAAGAAGCCAAAGCCCAUUUAAUCAAGCUUUAAGCGAGGACCUAGAGAUCGUCUAUGAGAUAGGACAGCUUGUGGCAAGCACCACUGAUACAUACUUCCAGAGAGAACAAACUAAAACUAAUUGGAUUCCAACAGCAAAGUCAGCUAGUGGUGGUGGAGAAGCAUGGCGUGCAUUCUAUGGUUAAAUGCUAAGUUCUUGCAGGAAGCAGAAGCUUAGGUUUAUAACCUAUCAAUGGGUGCAUCUAGUAGUAAAAACUGAGGCCCAUGUUUUUGUAUUUUGACAGGUUAAAUGUCAUGUGAUAGAAAGUGCAGUGCUUAAAAUCUUGAUCAUAUUACCUAGGUGUGUUCAAAAUUUGGGUUUAAUCGACUGAACUGAUUUUAUUUGAUUAAUAGGUUAAUCAUCGAAUUGAAUUUGGUUGGUUAUUGAAAAUUAUU